AUAAACUCUCCCCUUAUUAUUGCCAAAUUGAUUACUCCUUGACUUUACUGGGGUUUCUUUUUCUUUUUCUCAUUUGAUGACCGAAAUGCCCCUGGGUCACUCCACCUACAGCUACUAGUACAUGGUUGGGUUGAAGCAGUAGCAGACGAAGAAGCCUCCUCUCUCGACAACCGGCGGCGGCGCCCAACAGCGCUCCGGCAGACGGCAGGGCAACAGGUGGAGGUGAGUAGCCGGCGGGCAGGACAGGAGGCACCUCGCUCGAGGCCCAGGUGGAGGUCGGUCGGUGGCGAUUGGCGAUUUUCUUUCUGAUGCACCCCUCCAAAACCACCGCCACCGUCGUCGCCAAUGUCGCCGCCGCGGCCCUCCCCCUCCCCCUCCCCCGUGCCGCCACGCCGCUCGACGCCCGCAUGGUCAAGACGGGCUUCGACGUCCUCACCUACCGGCUCAACCUCGGCCUCCGCUCCCUCCUCUCCUCCGGCCACCUUCACCGCGCCCGCGCCAUGUUCGACCAAAUGCCCCACAAGAACAUCUUCUCCCUCAACCUCAUCCUCUCCGCCUACUCCAGCUCUGGCGACCUCCCCGCUGCACAACACCUCUUCCUCUCCUCCCCUCAUCGCAACGCCACCACCUGGACAAUCAUGAUGAGGGCGCACGCCGCUGCUGGUCGAACCUCCGAUGCCUUGUCGCUCUUCCGCGCUAUGCUCGGGGAGGGUGUCAUUCCAGACCGCGUCACCGUCACCACCGUGCUUAACCUGCCUGGAUGCACUGUCCCGUCGCUCCAUCCCUUCGCCAUCAAGUUCGGCCUCGACACCCAUGUUUUCGUCUGCAACACGCUGCUAGACGCCUACUGUAAGCACGGCCUCCUUGCUGCUGCCCGGAGAGUCUUUCUGGAGAUGCACGAUAAGGACGCAGUCACAUACAACGCCAUGAUGAUGGGCUGCUCCAAGGAGGGACUGCACACCCAGGCGCUCCAACUAUUUGCUGCUAUGCGCCGCGCUGGUAUUCCCGCCACCCACUUCACCUUCUCCAGUAUUCUCACAGUCGCAGCAGGUAUGGCUCAUCUCCUCCUUGGGCAUCAGGUUCACGCUCUCGUGCUCAGAUCCACCUCAGUGCUCAACGUGUUUGUCAACAACUCAUUGCUCGAUUUCUACUCCAAAUGCGAUUGCCUUGAUGACAUGAGGAGACUGUUUGAUGAGAUGCCAGAGCGGGACAAUGUCUCCUAUAAUGUGAUUAUUGCAGCCUAUGCUUGGAACCAGUGCGCUGCCACGGUGCUGCGGCUGUUCAGGGAGAUGCAGAAGCUGGGUUUCGACAGGCAGGUGUUGCCUUAUGCUACUAUGCUAAGCGUAGCUGGGUCUCUGCCUGACGUGCACAUCGGGAAGCAAAUACAUGCUCAGCUGGUCCUUCUGGGCCUUGCUUCUGAGGAUCUUUUGGGCAAUGCGCUGAUUGACAUGUACUCAAAAUGCGGCAUGCUCGAUGCUGCAAAGAGUAACUUUUCUAACAGAAGUGAAAAAUCUGCCAUUUCAUGGACUGCUUUGAUCACUGGGUAUGUGCAGAAUGGACAGCAUGAAGAAGCUCUGCAAUUGUUCUCUGACAUGAGAAGAGCUGGUCUAAGGCCUGACAGGGCAACGUUUUCAAGCAUCAUCAAGGCUUCCUCAAGCCUCGCAAUGAUUGGGCUAGGAAGGCAAUUGCACUCGUACCUCAUUAGGUCAGGCUAUAAGUCCAGUGUAUUCUCCGGGAGUGUCCUUGUUGACAUGUACGCUAAGUGUGGCUGUUUGGACGAGGCACUUCGGACAUUUGAUGAGAUGCCUGAGAGGAAUUCCAUCUCGUGGAAUGCUGUUAUUUCAGCCUACGCUCACUAUGGAGAGGCAAAGAAUGCCAUCAAGAUGUUUGAAGGCAUGCUUCAUUGUGGUUUUAAUCCAGAUUCAGUCACCUUCUUGAGUGUUCUAGCAGCAUGCAGUCACAAUGGUCUUGCAGAUGAAUGCAUGAAGUACUUUCACUUGAUGAAACACCAAUAUAGUAUAUCACCCUGGAAGGAACACUAUGCUUGUGUUAUAGAUACAUUGGGUCGGGUAGGCUGUUUUUCUCAAGUUCAGAAAAUGUUGGUUGAGAUGCCAUUCAAGGCUGAUCCAAUAAUAUGGACCUCCAUUCUUCACUCGUGUCGAAUUCAUGGAAACCAGGAAUUAGCUAGAGUGGCAGCUGAUAAACUGUUCGGUAUGGAACCCACAGAUGCAACACCCUAUGUUAUAUUGUCCAACAUAUAUGCCAGAGCUGGUCAGUGGGAAGAUGCUGCAUGCGUGAAGAAGAUUAUGAGAGACAGAGGGGUUAGGAAAGAGUCGGGUUACAGUUGGGUUGAAAUCAAGCAAAAGAUAUACAGCUUUGCUUCAAAUGAUCUAACCAGCCCAAUGAUAGAUGAGAUUAAAGACGAGCUAGACAGAUUAUACAAAGAGAUGGAUAAACAAGGCUAUAAGCCCGACAUAACCUGUGCCUUGCAUAUGGUGGAUCAUGAGUUAAAGCUGGAGUCGUUAAAAUACCACAGUGAGAGAUUGGCCAUUGCAUUUGCUCUGAUGAACACCCCAGCUGGGACACCUAUCAGGAUUAUGAAGAAUCUGACUGCGUGCCUAGAUUGCCAUGCUGUCAUCAAGAUGAUAUCAAAGAUUGUGAACAGAGAUAUCAUCGUAAGAGACUCACGCAGGUUCCACCAUUUCAAGGAUGGGGUUUGCUCCUGUGGAGACUACUGGUAGGAGCUUGGCUAGCUGUCGCCAGGAACGGAAAAGGGUUGUAG